UGACUCUGAGGCCGUAUUCGUUCCUCCCUUUCGCAUCUGUCAAUAGGAUCCAUUGUUCUUGCGGCUUGAGAGGUUCCAGAAGGAUGAUCCAGGCUGUUCCACCCGGUGGGGUUGUUCGACAAUUCAGCCCAACAUUAUAUUGUUUCGAAUUUCGACAGAAUAACAGAAUAAUCGAUUUUUUUGAGGAAAAUUAGAUGCAAAAAAGGAAGAGAAAUAGAAAAAAAUAUCGAGAGACAAUGUGGAGGGAGAAUCAAAAAUGUCGGACGAGAGACAACGCCAUCCCACAACCCAGGAAAUCAAGGAUAGGAGAAAGCUCCCGCAAGCAAGCAAGCAAGCAGAGGGGAAAAGGCAAGCUAGCUGCGGUCGCCCUUAUUGUUUUUCUUGCUUAUCCUUUGGUUCCUCCCAGCCAAUGUGACCCUGUUUCCUAGCUAUUGUGGUACCCUAUCGUGGAGCCCGUGGAACCGCUUCCGUCCAUGACCGUGGCCCCAGUCCAAGAUAGUCGCAAAAGAGCUGUCCUGCUUAUGCCUGAACGCCGUUCUAGUCCCCUGGGGUUGGGUGUCACCCUCUUUUCCGAAUUUUUUUUAUCCUUAUUUUCUAUUCUGGAUCUUCUGAAUCACAGCCAUUGGCUGGGGCCCUGGGAAACUGGAACGAUCUAUUUAAUUUCUAAACUUACAGUAUUUUCGAAAUUCCCUGCCUGGGCCCCGGGGUCUGUGAUUCAUCUGCCAGAUUCGUCACGCCAAUCGACCUUUCCGGUGAUUUAUCAUGGUGGC